AUGUCACGUCAUGAUAUUAACGAUAUUCUUGAAGACUUUGAAAGCACAGCUAAGACAACCCCGGUCUCAGUCAACAUAUGCAAUGAACUCACAACAGCAAUGAUAAAUGAAAGAAUGGCUCCUGAAUUGCUACCUUAUAAUCAUCAACUAAUGGCCAAGGUGCUUCUGAAGUUAUCUGCACAACAACAGUACUUACUUGAUGCUCAUGAAUACGGUGAUGCUAAUGUUGAGUCUGGGGUUAUCAGUAGUGACUUCAAACUUCAGUUGAUGAUAAUAGAAACCGAUAUAGAACGAGUCAACUAUUUGGUGCGACUUUAUUUGAGAACAAGGAUAUCCAAGCUUGAUAACUUUUCCUUGUUCUACAUACGAAAGUCUAACAUAGAAUUGGAUGUGGAUGUGGAACCAGAAACGAAGUCAACCAAUAAGAAUGCUAAACCUUCACAUUUGUCGGACGAGGAGUUGGAAUAUAUCCAUAAUCAUUUCCGUAUAAUGUCUGAUCUCUUCAACAACAGUUUCUUAAAGAAACUUCCAAGACUGUUGGCUCUCUUGGAUGAAACAUCACCAGAAUCAAUGAUCACUGAACCUGAUUUGAAUGAACCGGUGUUCUUCAGAUCGUUGUCCCGAGAAACUAUCCGUAUAGAUGGAGAAGACGAGUUGGAUAUUAUUCAUGAUGGUGUUUAUGUUGCCAGAUAUAGACUUGUGCAAUCUUACGUUCAUAAAGGAGAUAUCGUCCUAAUAUAG